ACCUAAGUGUCGCAGGUGACGACGUUGUCGAAGCUUCGGAUUGGGGCUCCUGCCAAGGGUUUCCGUUGUGUAGUCGGUCCCCUCUGCCUGCUUGCGCAUGUUAAUGAUGCGUUUGGUUUCCGCGCUUCCGUAGUGCUUGUGCGUACUAGCUUGCCCAGGCACAUUUUGUAGACCGAAAGCCACAGACGGUACCGCGUUCGCUCGCUCGUGUCUUUGGUAAUUGCUCCGGAAAGCAGUUUGUGUUUGGGAUUGGGGUUCGUUCAUCGGGUUGUCGUUUGGGCAGCACACCAACGGCGUCUGCAUUGCUUGGGGACACGACAGCACACCAACGGCCUCUGCAUGGUGCUGCCAAGUGCCAAGCAGCAGGCCACGCGCCGAAAACUACCUUACUGCGAAAUCUGUCCGGUUCCGACUGCCCACCUGCACCAUGAUUGUCGCUCGGCUCUGUGUAGGUUGAAGCGGAUAUGGUAGAGCCUCGCACUAAUAUCGCUCAUCUGUGCAACAGCAGCUUCACAGUCCCACGUUCGGAGAGGAGAUACCGGAGAAAGAGCCCCUCGGCGGUAGAGGAGGCACCCUACACCUACCUACGGACCUACCUGCACUUCGUCUCUAGAUAGUCCGGCCGUCGUGUAGUCUCACUGAGAGCUGAAGAGCAACCAUGAGGAGGAGCUCCAGGAUCCGGGGGGCGGCGAUGCUCUGCCUCUGCGCCACAUUGGCAGCCCUGCCUCUCGGUCAAGACUCCCAUGCCGCUUACCUGCCGUCUCCCGGGCUGACAGCUCCAUCGCCGCCGGCGAACUCAUCCGCCGCUCCGGCGCCCCAGCCCGACACCUCCCCCAUGCAUGGCGUGACCCCUGGCAGCCUCCAGCCACAAGCAGAGUGCGAGGGGCGGUGCGCGCAGCGGUGCUCGGCGACGGCGUACCGGAAGCCGUGCUUGUUCUUCUGCCGGAAGUGCUGCGCGGCGUGCCUCUGCGUGCCGCCGGGCACCUACGGCAACAAGCAGACAUGCCCCUGCUACAACGACUGGAAGACCAAGAGGGGAGGGCCCAAGUGCCCCUAGUCCGUAGAUGUAGAUUCAUUGCCAGGGUACAGGAGAACCGUUUCUGCUCACCAGGCACCUUAGCUUUCUUCAGUUGUACCCCCAUCUCAAAGAACAGAAAUUUGCCCGCAUAUGUGCACUUCCGUGUGUA